GACGGGAUGGUCCAAGUUUGGGCCGCAGAAUCAGGGAAGAGAGGUGGAAAUGGAUAAACCAAAUUGUUUUCAGCAUUUUGUACAGCCUAUUAAAAACUUGGGAUUGUUGACUUGGACGCAUCUUUCAGGAUGACCAGAACAGCGACUGUCCGGAGAUACGGCAAAGCGACGACGAAGUCAAGGGCAGAGCGACUCUUCGCCGAGUUACCAAAGAGCCCGUCGAAAAAGGCUCCAGAAGCGGAGGAAACCAUAAAUCUCAUAACAGAUCAACUCGAGUCAAUCUCACUAAAUGAUCAGACGCGGUAUGGUGAGGAUGCUCGGCAGGAGUCUCUAGAAGACAUCGCAGCACCCGAAGCCCCUAAACCAGGCUCUCAGACGGAAGAGUCAGCCUUGCAGGACUCUUCACAAUUCUGCGACGAUGAAUUGAGAGUCUUGGCGUGGGAUGACGUUUGCCCCUUUGGAGACCGGAUAGAGAAGAUCGCAGAGGCGUCAUAUGCCGAGGUCUAUCGGAUCACGAAUGAAAGGGGAACGAGCAUCAUCAAGGUUAUCCGGUUGGAAUCACCCAUCAAACCUCAGACGAAGGCCCAGGAAAGGUCCGAAUUGGUUGACGAAGAACCUCACUCCGAAGAUGAUCUAGUCGGAGAGAUAAGGAUAUCCGAGUGGCUUGCCGAUAUUCCAGGAUUUGUUGUCUACAAAGAGCGAUACGUUGUGCAAGGGAAGGCGCCGAAGCCUUUGCUGGAAACGCAUCAGGCAUUUCAGCGGAAGGCAAAGCGGAAAGACCCAGAUCGGUUGCAGUUCUACCCUUCUCCGAGUCGGUACCUCGAGGACACGCGAUUCUUGGUGGUCGAGCUAGGGGACGCAGGCAUCGCACUGGAAGAUUUUGAGCUCACUUCAACUGCUCAGCUCUGGGAUAUUUUCCUCCACACGGCCGUGGCUCUAGCUAGGGCAGAGGACUUGGUCAAUUUUGAGCACCGCGACCUCCAUGAGGGUAAUUUAUGUGUUCGUCAAACUGGAACACCACUGGCAAAGCGGGACGAGAGCCCUUGUCAGUUUGGAUACUCUGGCAUUGACAUCACCAUUCUCGACUACGGACUAUCUCGCGCCGAGGACACCGAGACCACGAGCGAAGAGGCAUUCACGGUUGCGUGCGACCUGGAAAAGGACCUGAGUAUCUUUACCAGUACACAUGCUCUGCAGUGCAAGGUUUAUCGACAAAUGAGAUCAUUUCUCCUGAAAGGAGAUCGUGUGUGUCUGCCACCCAAGUCACAUACCAAACCCUACGAGUUGGGCAUUGACGGACCAAUCUCCUGGGACGGCUACUAUCCUUACACCAAUGUUCUCUGGCUCGCGUACAUAUAUCAGUACUUGGUUGACAACUUCACGGGAGAAAAGAAGGAGCUGGCCCAAUUCAAGCGCACCACCAAGGAGUUUUGGUUACACCUGAACCCCGAAGCGCCACGCGUGGUCCUGUCCUUCUCUAGGGCGGGCGACGCGGUGCGAUAUGCGGUGGAAGCGGGUUGGAUGACCGAGGACCAGCUGGUGGGGGAAGGAGGCAAGGUGGUCGAGGCCGAGUUCGCAAGCGUUGCCUGUAACGAGAGCAUAAUCGAGGCGCCCUUCCCGGAAGUGGAGGAUGCCCAUCUGCGACGGUCACCUCGACGGCGCGUGCAGAGGGCGUUGGAAUAGGAUGCAUGCUCUCAGGGCCGGGCCGGGCCAUCGAGAAAGAGAGAGUGCAUGAUAGCGACGGCGAAUUU